AUGGCUACAGGUCGGCCUCGUCAAACAAGGACUGCCCAACAAGCUGGUAUUCAAGAAACCAUGCUUUCCUUCACCCAUCAUCGUCGUCCAACGGUUCCAACACUCCAACAACCUCUCCAACCUUCUCCACAAAACCCUUUCACUCCUUAUCUUACACCCACGGCACAGCUCUACCCGGAAACACCAACUCGCGCCCCGGCCUCCGUAUCUGCACUGUACCUCGAUAACCCAUGGGCACCCGAGCCGCAAGGUCCUCUCAGUCCUCUGCAAACACCCGCUCAUUUUCCACCGGCUGAAAGCACUUACCUGAGGACUGGAACGUACCAACCCACAGGUUUCCAUACCCCAGUUCCUCUCUCUCCGGCUCUUCCAACUGUUCUUGAACAAAUGGAGACGGAAAGCACGGAUCAUUCGGGAAGUGAACCUGCCGAAAUUUGUUUCCUUCGGAACCAAACUCAGCUCACGGAAGCCAUCCACCUCAUGGCCAGGAACAUGUCGAAUAUGCCCAUGAUGCAGCCGCGUCAAGAGCCGACUCCUCGGCCCAAGUUGAAGGCUCCAGAUGUGUUCGACGGUACAAGCGCCCAAAAGUUGGAUCCCUUCCUCGUCCAGUGCAUGAUGUAUAUUUCGCUCCAGCCCCACGAGUUCACCACCGAAGACUCCAAGGUCGGCUUCAUUAUGUUGUACUUAUCCGGCUCCCCCUACAACUGGUUCCAAUCACAAAUCACUGCCGCCCUCGAAACCGGUAUGACCCAGCCGCUUCCGUGGCUUUCGGAUGUUGCGCUCUUCGUUCAGGAGCUCAAGCAACUUUUCGGCCCACGAGAUCCGGUUGCGGAUGCCCGCCAAAACGAGAUCAAUCGCGAAAAGCGCAAAGACAACGCCAACGGCAAGUCCGGCACCAGCAACAACAACAGCAGCAACAACUCCGGCUCAUCAAACUCCAAAGGCAACUCAGCCGGGUCGUCUUCCGGCUCCGGCUCUUCGAACUCCAAGUCCGGCUCCAACUCCAGCAACAACAGCAAGGAUAAGGAUAAGUCAAAAUCCAAAGGCUCUUCUUCGGAUAAGCCAAAUCCUCUGGCUGACAAGUUGGGUGCCGACGGAAAGCUCAAGCCCGAGGAACGUGAACGCCGGCUCAAGGGAGGCCUCUGCCUCUUCUGCGGCAAAGCUGGCCAUGUUGCUUCCGACUGUCGCAAGCGUAACUCCGCCAAAGGUUGCGCCUCGUCUACUACGGCCGCUCCUCCUUACACCGCUUCUGCACCUGCCGCUCCGGCUGCGAAGGACACUAAGUCCAGAACAGCAAAAGACAAAUCCAAGGCCGACACCCUCGCACCUCAUCAUCCCUAUGACCUCAAGAUCGACCUCGAGGAAGGUGCCGAGCCGCCCCUCGGCCGGAUGUAUUCUCUCUCCCCUACCGAACUUCAAGCCUUGCGAGAGUUCCUGGAAGAGAAUACUCGAUCCAAGUUCAUCUGA